CAACGGCCAGAAGACGAAGAAGACGAAGUAGAAGGGAUGACGACGUCGCCACUCAUCGCCAAGUUUGUCGCGAUGCGCGCCCACAUCCAGGACGCUGACGUCGACCUGCGCCGGCAGCAGUCGCGCGACCGCCACGCGCUCUGGCGCCUCCAGAACGACCUCCAGCGCCUCUCCGCCUACGCGCCCGAGGUGCAGCAGAUCGCACGUGCCAAAUUUCGCAAGCAAGAGGCCGUGUACGCCGGGCUCACGACCCGCCGCCUCCCGCCGCUCACCCAGCGCCGCAUGAAGACGCUCUUCGACAUGCUGCCGCAGCCCAAGGCCCUCGCCGCGAACCCGCCGCCGACCAAGCCCAUGCGGGUGCUCUGCGCGACGCCGGUCUAUGCGCUCGGGCGCCGCCUUGCGGUGCCUGCCCACGUCCGCUUUUGCUGCCGGUGA